UAGUAAAGAAGGGUGCAUUAUUAUUAGUAUUAAUUAUUAUUAUUAUUAUAAUAAUUUAGAGCAAAAUGGCCGGACACUCAUCUCUCUGGAGCAGGCACAAGAGAGAGAGAGAGAGAGAGAGAGAGAUUAGCAAGUGAACAAGGUAGAGGAGCCGAAGAAACAGCAUAAGAUUUUCCUCCGAGACCAUCUCCAUGUUCACCAACCAACCAACAAGGAUUUGAUUUCCCAAUUUCCAAUUUCCAGUUUCCAAUUCUCAACGGAACAGACAGACAAACAAACGCCAGUGCCAUUGGAGUGACUGAUUUCUCUGGGAAAGAAACAACGUAGGACUGAAGGCAGCCGGUGGUGAGAUGAAGUUGUUGACCGGAGAAGGCGGGGGUGGUGGUGGGAAGACGGUGGUGGUCGGGGUGAAGUUAGAUUCACACAGCAAGGAGCUGCUGACGUGGGCACUCGUCAAAGUGGCGGAGCCUGGUGACAAUGUCAUCGCCAUUCAUGUCCUUGAGGACCACCCCCACACCCCCUCUGAGGGGACUUCGUCUUUGCUCUCACUGGUAAAGACAUUCGAUUCUGUGCUCUCUGCUUAUGAAGGUUUCUGCAACUUAAAGCAGGUUGAUCUGAAGCUUAAGGUCUGUAGAGGCAAUUCUGUCCGGAAGCUUCUAGUACAAGAAGCAAAAUCAUACCAUGCGGCUGCUACAAUUGUUGGAACUUCCAAAACUCACCAUAGAAUUGGGUCAUCUGCCUCUGUUGCCAAGUACUGUGCGAGAAAGUUGUCCAGAAGUUUCUCGGUUUUCGCCGUUGAUAAUGGCAAAGUCGUAUUCAAGAGGAACGGACCUGAUAGCAAUGCAGAUAAAAUUCAAGAUAAUGAUCAGAACCAGAGUUAUGACAAAACUAGUUUGUCACUGAUCAAGAAUGCAAAAGUACCUAAUGAUGCUAAACUUAAUCAAUGUCGACAUCUAAUAAGAAAAUCUUGUUCCAAGUGUGGCAAGAAAACACUAAAGAGAAAUUGUGAGAAUUGUGCAGCGGAUUCAGUUUUUCGGGAAACCUCUGGGACUCAAUUAACUGAUGAGUCGGAAGGGGAAGAUGGUGAAGAAAAUUCACUGGCCUUGGUACCAAUCCAAAGACUCGACAUUACAUCAAACUCUAUCAAGAUUCAAGAUUCGCAGUGUUUCAAACCUGGUUGGUCACUUCUUCGUCACACAUUUCUACCAAAGCGACAAUACAUGGAGAAAACUGAGAAAAAGAAAUCUGUUUUUGGAUGGGCCUUGAGACCAUUGAGCUGGAAUACUUCAGCUGUUGUCUAUCCUGAUCACAAACUGGUGAAUUCUGGACAGGAUCAUGAUUGUUCUUCCAUGCUGAAUGGAAUAAGUGGAGCAAUUGUGCCGUUUGGGCCUAACGCAGUCUGCCCUCCUCUAUCUCCUCACCAUGGCAUGGAGCCCCUUCCUGAAGAAUUUUUGGAUUUAUGUAAGAAAUAUUCAUCCAGUUGUAGACUGUUUUGCUAUAAGGAACUUUUGUCAGCAACCUCCAACUUCGGGCCUGAGAACAUGGUUGGUAAAGGUGGCAGUAGUAAUGUUUAUAGAGGCUGCCUUUCAGAUGGCAAAGAGUUGGCAGUGAAACUCUUGAAGCCAUCUGGAGAUAUCUUGAACGAGUUUGUUCAUGAAAUUGAGAUACUCACAACUUUAAACCACAAGAACAUAAUCUCCUUAUUUGGAUUCUGCUUCGACGAAAACAACUUACUUUUGGUCUAUAAUUUUAUAUCAAGAGGAAGCCUAGAAGAGAACCUCUAUGGUAAUAAGAAGGAUGGGAAUGCAUUUGGUUGGAAGCAGAGAUAUAAUGUAGCCGUAGGUGUAGCAGAGGCCCUCGAUUAUCUACACUACGGCUGUGAAGAACCUGUAAUCCACAGGGAUGUGAAGUCUUCCAACAUCCUUCUUUCAGAUGAUUUUGAGCCACAGCUCUCAGAUUUUGGACUUGCUAGUUGGGCAUCGACGUCAUCCGAUAUUAGUAGCACAGAUGUUGCAGGAACAUUUGGUUACUUGGCUCCAGAAUACUUCAUGCAUGGCAAAGUGAGUGAUAAAAUUGAUGUCUAUGCAUUUGGGGUUGUGGUCCUUGAGCUUCUUUCAGGGAGAAAACCAAUCUACAGUAAAGAUACAAAGGGCCAGGAAAGUCUGGUGAUGUGGGCAAAGCCAAUUUUGAAGAGUGGGAGCGUGGCCCUACUGUUAGAUCCAAGCCUGGGUAAUGACUACGACCAGGAUCAAAUUGAGAGAAUGGUUUUGGCUGCUAACCUUUGCAUUAGACAUACACCUAAGCUUCGGCCUCCGAUCAACCUUGUUUUGAAGCUUCUCCAAGGAGAUGAGGAAGUUACAAGGUGUGCAAGGCAACAGGUCAGUGCAUCAGAAGAAGUUGAAGCAUUGGACGGAGAAGCACUUCCUUCUAACAUUCAAUCGCAUCUUAACCUUGCGCUGCUAGACUUGGAAGAUGAUUCCAUUUCUACUAGCAGUGGUGAGCAAAGCAUCUCAUUAGAAGAUUACUUGCAAGGGAGAUGGAGCCGCUCAUCAAGCUUUAACUAGCCACCUUUUCAGUUUGAACCUCUUGAAAAUACACAUGGUGGUAUAUUAGUAGGGUUCCUUUGUACAUUCCUUUGUCUUUGUUCAGCCAGAGUUGUUGGUUGAGUCGCUUAAACAAGGUCCUGGAAGAGAGGCUGUUCGCCAGAGGUUUUACCUCCUCCUUGAUCUAAUCGUUGUAUCGCAGUCUGAGUGUCUUAAGCUGGUUUGCCCUUGAAUUCACUAGUCUCUCUGUUCUUGAGGCGAAUGGAUUAGAAAAAAAAGUGGCAGGACACUGAGAAUAUCCGUUCUGUUCUGGUCAGCAUAAUAAUCGUUUCUUUCCAUAUGUUGUACAUGAAGGGUAUCUGAUAUUAGGAGAUAGGUCACGGCAUCCUUAACUUUCCAAA